AUGUCUAAACAAACGGCGUACCCUUACAAGGUGCAAACAAGCGUUCCUGAAUUGCAGUACGAAACAUUUGAUGGUGCCAAAUUCGCCUAUCUGUUCUGGCCAGCCGCUGGAGGUGUCCCUGCUAAGGCACGUAUUCUUUUGAUCCACGGGUUUGGUGAGUACACUAAGAUACAACACCGGUUAAUGGACCAUUUGGCUCUUGCCGGUUACGAAUCGUUCACAUUCGACCAAAGAGGUGCCGGUGCCACUUCCCCUGGCAAGUUAAAGGGUUUGACCAACGAGUACUACACUUUCCAUGACUUGGAACAUUUUGUCAGUAAGAACCUCGCCGAAUGUCAAGAAUCACAUACACCGCUGUUUCUUUGGGGCCACUCCAUGGGUGGUGGUAUCUGUUUGAAUUAUGCAUGCCAGGGGCUCCACAAAAAUGAGAUAGCAGGGUAUGCGACCUCUGGUCCACUGAUUGUAUUGCACCCACACAGCCAGCCCAACAAAGCGACCCUUGUGAUGUCUCCACUUUUGGCGAAGAUGCUACCGAACGUGAGAAUCGAUACUGGUCUAGACUUGGAGGGGAUAACUUCGGACCCCCAAUACAGAGCCUUCUUACAAAACGACAAACCGAUGAGUGUGCCCCUGUACGGCAGUUUCAGACAAAUCUACGAUUUUCUAGAGCGUGGGAAGAAACUGGCCAACGGCAAGACGGGCUACGUUUCUCGAAAUUUCCCCCAGGAUAAACCCGUAUUAAUUCAACACGGCGCGGACGACACCAUCAACGACCCAAGUGCGUCUGCCAAUUUCAUCAAGAUUUGUCCAAGUAAAGAUAAGAUUUUGAAAACGUACCCUGGGAUGAGGCACUCAAUACUGUCCCUAGAGACAGAUUCUAAUUUUGAAGAUGUCUUCCGCGAUCUGGAAGAAUGGCUAGACAAUCACUCAGAAAAACCCGCAGCCACAGCGGCCUAA